AUGAGAGCAGCAUUUUCACUCUUGGCCCUUGCCGCCUCGGCCCUGGCUGCCAACAUCCCUCCUCGGGGAGAGAGUCAGCUCGUCGAUAGGACAUAUGGACAUGGUGGUAAGGACAAGCCGGACGGCGGCUGCAAAGCCUGCGAGACCGUCACCACCUCGGUCAUCGUGACAUACACGACUGUCUGCCCCGUCACCGAGACCGUUACCAAGCCCGGCUCCACCUACAAGACGACCUACACGACGACCAGCACGGUCAAGACGGUCGUCCCCACGACCAUUGUCGUCACCCAGACGGGCCCCCCGGUAACCAAGACGGAAGGACAGGUCGUUUACACCACCCUCACCGAGCUCUGCCCGGUCACCGAGACCAAGGUAGUCGACGGCUCUACGGUGGAGAUCACGUGGACCUCGACCUCGACCGUAGUCACCAAGGUCCAGCAGACCGAGACGGUCUACACGACGUCGAUCGCCACCGAGUACGAGACCACCGACGUCUACGAGACCGUCACCUGCCCGGUAACCACCUACACCACCGUCUCGGAGGGUUCCACCAUCAAGGUGACCCAGACCGACACAAUCACCCUCACAAAGACCUCAGUCCACAUCAUCACCGACAUCAUCCCCGUCACUCUGACCGAGCACGUGCCCGUGACGGUCAACAUCCCCGUCACGGCCCAGGAGACGGUGACGGGCUACUCGACCGUCAUCAUCUCGGCGCCCACCACGGUCUAUACCUCGACGCCCGUGGUCGUGCCGCCCACCACCGUCAUCGUCCCGACCUCGGUCACCGUCGUGCCUCCGCCGCCGUCGAGCUUCACCACGGCUACUACGGCGCCGUCUGCGACUACCGCUACCACGGCUACGGCUUCUAUUUCGACUGCUGGGGCGGCGGAUAUGGUGGUGGGAGGAGGUGAGAAGGGGGUGGUUGCGCUGGUGGCCGGGUUGGUUGCGGCUGUUGUUCUUAUUUGA